AUGAGAGCUGAAGCGGCCACAACCGGCACACUACCUGGCGCUGCCUCUCCAACCAUGGGCUUCGCUCAAUGCUCUUGGCCAAUAUGGCGGGUUGAUGACCUCACCUUGUGUUUUCGACAAGACUAUCUCAAGGUUCUCCUCCCAUUAGCGGUUAUUGUCGUCUCGUUUUUACGUCUUGCCUGGUCAAACAUCGGACGGCUGCUUUCAUCAGGCAAGCCGAAGGGCUACAAGCCCAUAGCGAACGACCACACAGCUCUACCACCCGAUAUCGAUGACGAGGAUGACGAUGACGACGCUGAAGACGAUCCAUAUCUCGAAAUCAACGGCAACCGGCUCGCCCUCGCCAAAACUAUCAGCCGAGGAUCCGUUGUCGAGGCCGACACACCGCAUGGGCAACGGUUGUCCCAAGCUGUUGAAGAACUUGCCAUCGUCGGGUUGAUUGUUGUCAAUGCGAUCGCUCUGAUCAAGGGUGCCUACGGAUCCGGGGGGCGUCUCGUGGCGAUAACGGGACUACUCACUUGGAUCUAUGUUUUGGUGUUGGCCUCUCUGCGACUGUUCCUUGGUGGCACCAAAUGGGGGAUUCCUCAUCUAUGGAAUCACACAGCCAGCAUUUAUGCCGUCAACUGGGUGUUGAACAUCUUCAUAUUCCGCUCCGCGCUCAUCAACCCUACCUCUCAACUAGUACAGAUUCUUGCCUGCACCGAGUUUGGGCUUAUUACACUCUUGUUCAUGCUGGCAGCAACCACUAGAAAGGGAAAUAAGACGGUACUGAUGGAAUGGGAGGACGGGAUCGAACCAUCUCGCGAACCACUUGCAAGUCUCUUCUCGCUCGCUACUUUUGCAUGGGUGGAUGCCAUUGUGUAUAAAGGCUGGAAGAAGACCAUGGAGAUUGAUGAUGUGUGGAACUUGCUACCCAAGGACAAGGCUGCGGCUGUGAUUGCCGACUAUCGCCAGAUGAAGAAGACUGGUGCUCUGGCAUGGCACAUGCUGAAAUAUUUCAAAGGCAUGUUAUUCUUCCAAUGCUUCCUGGCCUUUGUUUCCGGUUUCUUCACCUUUGCGCCAACGCUCCUCUUGAGGGCCAUUCUCGAGUAUGUCGAGGAACCUGACCGCGCUCCUAUUAACGUUCUUUGGCUUUAUGUCAUUGGUCUUCCUGUUCUUGACACCAUCCGAUCCUAUGCUGAUGGUAUGGCGCUCUGGACCGGUCGGAAGAUUUGCAUCCGCGUUCGUGCCAUUAUUAUUGGCGACAUUUACGCCAAGGCUCUUCGUCGAAAAGCUGCGGCCGGCAAAGACAAGGUCCUUGGAGAGAGCUCAAAGAAGACCAAAAAGGACGCUGAUCCCGAAAAUGAGGGCACAAUUGCCAAGAUCAAAGGCGCCCUUGGUCUACGGAAGCGUAACAAGAACAAGAGUGCCUUGACAAGCGACACAGAGUCUGCUGGUAGCAUCGAUGGCGACAACACCAAACUCGCUGGUGACGAUGAUCAGGCUAACUUGGGAACUAUUAUCAAUCUGAUGUCGGUGGAUAGCUUCAAGAUUGCCGAAAUUACUGCUUACCUCCACUUUCUAUGCGCUGCGGCUCCAACGCAGCUUAUCAUCUCUGUCGUCUUACUCUGGCAGGUCAUGGGACUCAGUGCCAUUCCUGGUCUGGUCGUCAUGGUUUUCCUUCUCCCCGUCAACUACUUCCUGGCAAAGGGUUUUAACAUAACCUCCAAGAACAUCAUGAAAGCUACUGACAAGCGAAUCAAUGUGACCAACGAAGUCCUCCAGAAUAUCCGGAUCAUCAAAUACUUUGCUUGGGAAGAGAGAUUUGGGCGCUCCAUUGAUGAAAAGCGAGAGGCUGAGCUCAAUGCGUUACGAUCGCGAUUCACUCUUUGGGCAUGCGCUGUGGCCAUCUGGAACUCUGUUCCAGUCCUAAUCACAUUCUUCUCCUUCCUUGUAUACACUCUGAUCGAAAAGAAACCUCUGUAUCCCUCCAUUGCCUUCACCGCCAUCUCUCUCUUCAUGCUGCUAAGAGUUCCCCUCGACCAACUGGGUGACAUGUUUGCUCAUGUGCAGGAAGCCAAGGUCUCUAUUGAUCGUGUUGAAGAGUUCUUAAAUGAAGAAGAGACUGAGAAAUAUGAGCAGCUUGGACAAGACAAUGUGGACGAACAAGGUGUGAAGCAUAUUGGAUUCAAGGACGCAACCCUGAUUUGGGGUGGCAAGGACACGGUUGCUGAGGACGGAUCGCGAGCCUUUCGACUGAUGGACCUGAAUGUCGACUUUCAGAUGGGCAAGCUCAAUAUCAUUGCCGGCUCUACAGGGAGUGGAAAAUCGUCAAUGUUGAUGGGGCUUCUUGGCGAGAUGACAUUGGUGGAGGGCAAGGUUUAUUGUCCUGGUGGUCGAAGUAGAGAAGAAGUCAAGCCUGACCCCGAAACUCGGUUGGCUGAUACUGUCGCUUACGUUGCUCAGUCUGCGUGGCUCGUCAAUGCCAAUAUUCGGGACAACAUUCUCUUUUCGGCGCCAUACGAUCCGCAACGAUAUAGAGAUGUUAUUGUCGCAUGUGCCUUGGAACGCGAUCUUGAGAUUUUGGAUCAUGGUGACGAGACACUCGUUGGAGAAAAGGGUAUCACGCUUUCGGGUGGACAGAAGCAGCGAAUUUCUCUGGCUCGGGCUCUGUAUUCCAACUCUGCUCACGUUCUUAUGGACGACUGCCUGAGCGCCGUUGACUCUCACACCGCCCAAUGGAUCUUCACCAACUGCAUCCGUGGCCCCCUGAUGGCAAAUCGAACUUGCAUUCUGGUUACCCACAAUGUUGCCCUAUGCGUGCCCUCGGCUGACUACGUAGUGUAUCUCGACAAUGGUCGUGUCAUAUCCCAGGGCUCGGCGCAAAAGGUUAUUGCCUCUGGAGUCUUGGGUGAAGAGAUUCAGAAGUCCCGCCCUGCAUCUUCGGCUGGUUCCCAAGGUCCAUCACGAGUACCCUCCAGAGUUCCCUCAAGUGUUGGCGAUGGUGAGACAAUGGUCAACAGCAAUGGCGAAUCCCAGGAUGGUAGUGCCGCUCCAAAGAAGGCCAAAUCGAAGAAGCCCCAGAUUGAUGCUAUGGACGAGGGCAAGGCCUCUGGUGCUGUCAAAUGGCCAGUCAUGAAGGUUUAUGUUCAAGCCAUGGGCCCCUGGUGGUUCUGGGUUUUGGCCGUCAUCGUCUUCAAUCUUCAGCAAUUGGCCACAGUUGCAACCAAUGUGUGGGUCAGACAAUGGGCGAACCAAUACGUCGAAGAAGAGUCAAUGGUUGCAGUCGGCACGCUCUCUCAGUCGUACGGCUCCGGGGCAUUCUCCAAAGGAUCCUGGGCAUCCAUUUCCCGUCUUGGCAGCAACGCCAUUGCUUCUGAAUCAAGUUCUGGCAAGGUCUAUGGUCAGGUGUCAUUUUCCGCGCUGGUCACGCCUCAGGUCAACGUGGCCUACUAUCUGUCGGGACUGGCUAUUAUCGGUAUUCUCGGUUCUUUUGCAGCAUUUGUGCGGGAUGUUUGGAUCUUCUACGGGUCUCUGACAGCAUCGAGAAAACUCCACGAUCGGCUCAUGGGAGCAGUGACCCGUGCCAAGUUCAAGUUCUUUGAUGUGACACCCCUUGGUCAACUGAUGAACCGCUUCAGCAAGGACCUCGAAGCCGUCGACCAAGAAAUAGCGGCUACUGCCAUUGGUGUCAUGUCGUGCGCGCUCUCUCUGAUAGUAACGGUUGUCCUGAUCGCCGUCAUCACUCCCGGUUUCUUGAUCGCUGCCGUCUUUAUCGGUGGCCUCUUCUACUUUGUCGCCACUUUCUAUCUACGUGCUUCUCGUGAUCUCAAACGUCUCGAGUCUGUGCAGCGAAGUCCAUUGUUCCAGCAGUUUGGCGAGACUCUGAGCGGUAUGACAACUAUCCGAGCUUAUGGUGACGAGAGGCGUUUUAUUCGCGACAACUUGGCCAAGGUGAACACGCAGAGCCGGCCAUUUAUCUACCUCUGGGCCUGUAACAGAUGGCUCUCAUUCCGUGCUGACCUGCUGGGUAACCUGGUUUCCUUCUCUGCUGGUGUAUUCAUCAUUUUGAGCCUUGGUAAGGUUGAUGCGGGUGCUGCGGGUAUCUCCCUAAGCUAUGCUAUGAAUUUUACGGAAAAUGUUCUCUGGUUAGUGCGUCUGUAUGGCAUGAAUGAACAGAACAUGAACUCAAUGGAGAGAGUCAAGGAGUACCUUGAUCUUGAUCAGGAGGCGCCGGCUGUGGUGGAGAAGAACCGCCCACCAGAAUCAUGGCCGGACAAAGGCAACGUCGAGUUCGUUGACUACACAACCCGUUACCGAGAGGAUCUAGACCCUGUCCUCAAGGGCAUCACCCUCAAGAUCAACGCCAGGGAGAAGGUUGGUAUUGUUGGACGGACGGGAGCUGGCAAGAGUUCAUUGGCGUUGGCAAUAUUCCGUGCGCUGGAGGCCGAGAAGGGCCGCAUCGUCAUUGACGGCAUUAAUAUCGGCAACAUUGGCCUGCGAGACUUGCGAGAGAACAUUACCAUUGUGCCCCAAGAUCCGACCUUAUUCAUGGGCACAAUCCGGUCCAACUUGGACCCGUUUGAUCAGUAUACGGAUGAGCAGGUGUUUGAAGCGCUUCGCCGCGUCCAGCUGAUUGGAGCAGACGAGCCAGCCGCUAACACGACGACGCCAACUAUACAAGUGAACCAAGAUUCUCAAGUCAUCCGAUCGCCGGUACCUUCUGUGAUGACGAACAAGAACAUCUUCUUGGAUCUCUCGUCACCAGUUACCGAGUCUGGAUCAAACUUGUCACAAGGCCAGCGACAGCUGCUGUGCCUGGCUCGGGCUAUGCUUAAGAAACCAACGGUGCUCGUAAUGGACGAAGCCACUGCUUCAAUUGACUACAACACCGACUCCAAAAUUCAAAAAACCAUCCGAGAGCUUACGGGUACUGUCAUCACGAUUGCUCACCGUCUGCAGACGAUUGUGGAUUAUGACAAGGUGCUGGUCUUGGACCACGGUGAAGUAAAGCAGUUUGGGCAUCCUUGGGAGCUGAUUAGCGACGAGGAAGGGCAAUUCUACAGCAUGUGCGAGAUGAGCGGUGAGCUUGACGUUUUGGUCAAGGCAGCAAAGAGGAAGUGGGAUGAAGAUAGGCUGGUGGAUGUAGGCGACGCCUAG